AUGGAGGUGAAGUUAAUAAAUAAUAAAGAAAGAAUUAAAAGAAAAGAGAAAUUACUAAUAGCAGUACUAGGAGAAGAGAAUACAAAUAAGACAGAAUUAAUAAAGGCUUUAACAAAACAAGAUCCUAAGAAAGAAACAAUGAUGGACACAUACACAGAGAGAAUUAGAAAUAAUAAUUUAGAGUAUAAAGUAGUAUUUUGUGAUAUUAAAUAUUCAAAUGAACAAUUUGAGAAAUCACUCAUUAAAGUAUCUGAUAUCAUUAUGUUGGUGUAUUCAACAAAUAGUGAGAGUAGUGUUGAAAAAAUAAAAAUAUACUCUGAAUUGAUAAAAAGUAUAAAUUCUAAAUCAGCAAUCAUUUUAAUAGGAAAUGAAGAAAAUCAACUAAAAGAUGAAAUUAUAACUAAUUAUUCAUUUAUCGUAUCAACUCCAACAAAUGAAGGUAUAAAAAAGUUAAGAGAAUUUCUAACUAAAUACUCCUAUAAACAAUUUCAUAUAAAACAAGAAGAUUCUUCAUGUAAUUCAAUUACAUCUUGUUGGAAUUGGUUUUUAGAGUUAGUUAAUCUAAGAAAUAAUUUUUACAGAUAA